AUGCAUAUCGAGUUGAGCGAAGAGCAAAAGCUGCUGCGCGAAGAGGUGCGGCGCUUCGCCGAAGAGGUGGUCAAGCCGAAGGCCAAAGAGAUCGACGAGAAGGGGAUCUUUCCGCGCGAGUCCUACGAUCUCGCCGGCGAGAUGGGCCUGGCGGGGGUGUUCACGCCCGAGGAGCACGGCGGUGCCGGCAUGGAUAGCCUGUCCUACUGCCUGGUGAUCGAGGAGAUCAGCCGGGUGUGCGGCUCGACCGGGGUGAUCUUGUCGGUCACCAAUUCGCUGGUCUGUGAUCCGUUGAUCAAGUUUGCCAACGACGAGCAGAAAGAGCGCUUUCUGAAGCCCCUGGCCGCCGGUGAGAAGCUCGGUUGUUUCGCCUUGACCGAGCCCGGCGCCGGCUCCGAUGCCGCCGCCUUGCGCACCACGGCGGUUCGCGACGGCGACGACUACAUCUUGAACGGCAAUAAGGUCUUCAUCACCAACGGCACCGAUGCCGACCUGGCGCUGGUCUUCGCCUCCACCGACCUGGAGCUCGGCCACAAAGGCAUCGUCGCUUUCAUCGUCGCCGCCGACACGCCGGGCUACUCCCACGGGACCCAUGAGUACAAGCUCGGGGUCAACGCCUCCGGUACCACCGAGCUGGCCUUCGAAGACAUGCGAGUGCCGGCCUCGCAACGCAUCGGCGGCGAGGGCGAGGGCUUCAGGGUGGCCAUGGCGACGCUCGACGGCGGCCGUAUCGGUAUCGCCGCUCAAGCCGUGGGCAUUGCCCAGGGGGCCUUCGAAGAAGCGCUGGCCUACUCUCAGGAGCGCGAGCAGUUCGGUACUUCGAUCUCCAGCUUCCAGGCGAUCCAACAUUACCUGGCCGACAUGUCGACCGAGCUCGAUGCCGCCCGUCUGUUGACCUGGAAGGCAGCUUGGGCGAAAGAGAACCAAAAGCGCUACACCCUGGAAGCAGCGCAGGCCAAGCUGUUCGCUUCGCAGAUGGCGCAGAAGGUGACCAAUCUGGCGCUGCAGAUUCACGGUGGCUAUGGCUACAUCCGUGAGUACAACAUGGAGCGCUACUUCCGCGACGCUCGCAUCACCGAAAUCUACGAAGGCACCAGCGAGAUCCAGAAGAUGGUGAUCGCCGACUGGGUGCUGAACAAGAGCUGA